AUGGAAAACGACGCUGGUAUUGCCAUGGCGGUCGGAGGUACCUCCGACGUCAACAGAGUUGAAGCUCCUCUGACUCUUAGAGCUUAUCUCAUGUGUGCUUUCGGUGCUUUUGGUGGUAUUCUGUUCGGAUAUGACUCUGGAUACAUUUCCGGUGUCAUGGGAAUGGACUACUUCAUCCACGAAUUCACCGGAAAAGUGAAACAGGGUGCGGACGAUGCUUCGUACGUUGUCUCAUCCUCCAACAAAUCUCUUAUUACGUCUAUUCUAUCUGCUGGUACUUUUGUGGGAGCCGUUGUGGCUGGUGAUUUGGCCGACAUGUUCGGUAGAAGAACCAUCAUCGUUAGUGGUUGCGCUGUUUAUUCUCUUGGUGUUGUUCUGCAAACUGCCUCUGCCACCAUUGCUUUGCUUGUGGUGGGAAGAGUGAUUGCCGGUGUGGGUGUCGGUUUCGUGUCCGCUAUUGUUGUGUUGUACCUUUCGGAAAUCUCGCCGAGAAAGGUGAGAGGUGCUAUCGUUUCUGGUUACCAGUUCUUUGUCACCAUCGGAUUGAUGGUGGCUUCCUGUGUUGACUACGGUACCGAGCACAGAACCGACUCUGGCUCCUACAGAAUUCCUAUUGGUUUGCAACUGCUUUGGGCUAUCAUCUUGGGAGGUGGUUUGCUCUUGCUCCCAGACUCCCCAAGAUACUACGUCAAGAAGGGCCAGUUCGACAAGGCUGCUAAGGUUCUUUCCAGACUCAGAGGACAGGCCGUCGACAGCGACUACAUCCAGGAGGAAUUGGCCGAGAUUGUGGCCAACCACGAAUACGAACAGAGCGUUAUCCCAACCACCAGUUACAUUGGCUCUUGGGCCGCCUGCUUCACCGGUGGCCUCAGAAAGCCAUCUUCCAACCUCAGAAAGACCAUCUUGGGUACCUCGCUGCAAAUGAUGCAACAAUGGACCGGUGUCAACUUCAUCUUCUACUUCGGUACCACUUUCUUCCAGGAACUGGGCACCAUUAGCAACGAGUUCCUUAUUUCCAUGAUCACCACCAUCGUCAACGUUUUCUCCACUCCAGUUUCGUUCGUUACCAUGGAGAAAGUUGGACGUCGUCCAUUGAUGAUCUACGGUGCUCUCGGUAUGGUUGUGUGUCAAUUCAUCGUUGCUAUUGCUGGUGUUGUUGAUGGAGACAACCACAAAACUGUCAGUGCCAUGAUCGCCUUCAUCUGCAUCUACAUCUUCUUCUUUGCAUCGACUUGGGGUCCAGGAGCCUGGGUUAUUAUCGGUGAGAUCUUCCCAUUGCCUAUCAGAUCCAGAGGUGUUGGUCUCUCGACCGCUUCCAACUGGCUUUGGAACUGUAUUAUCGCCGUUAUUACUCCAUACAUGACCGACAAGGACAAGGGUAACCUUGGAGCCAAGGUGUUCUUCAUCUGGGGAUCCUUGUGCGGAUGCUGCCUGUUGUACGCCAUUCUGUUGAUCCCAGAAACCAAGGGUUUGACUUUGGAGCAGGUUGACAAGAUGCUUGAAGAGACUACUCCAUUGACUUCUUCCAAGUGGAAGCCACACAGCACCUUCGCUGCCGAGCUUGGCCUUGCCAAGGACCAGAAGGAGGAGGCUGCCGAGUUCCGUGAGAAGACCAGUAUGGAGGAGAGUGUCUAG